AUGCUCCGGCCAUCGCCGUACCCGUCGCGGCGUCUCCUCCAGAGCGGCGACCCCAGCCGCAUACCGGGCAUCCCCCCGGCCGAUCCGCCCGCCGGCGUCAGCUCAGAUGUCGUCGUCAUCCUCGCCGCCCUGCUCUGCGCGCUCAUCUGCGUAGUCGGCCUCGCCGCCGUCGCGCGGUGCGCGCGCUCCCGCCGCAACGCCAACGCCCACGCCAACCCCUCCUCGCCGUCCGGCAGCCCGGCCCACGCCCUGGCGGCCUUCGGCGGGGGCGGCGGCGGGCAUAACCAUGGUACCACAACUACUACGACGACAGGCGCGUCCGGGGGCAGCGUGACGACCACCAGCAAGGGGCUCAAGAAGAAGGCGCUCAAGGCGCUGCCGAAGCUGGCGUACGCGGACGCGGUGGCCGCGGCGGCGGCGGCGAGGGGCGCCGUGGCGGGGGGCGAGGAGGAGGAGGGGCAGGACGGGAUCCUCGCGGAGUGCGCCAUCUGCCUGACGGAGUUCGGCGAGCGGGAGGAGGUGCGCGUGAUGCCGCAGUGCGGCCACGGGUUCCACGUCGACUGCGUCGACACCUGGCUGCGCUCCAACUCCUCCUGCCCGUCCUGCCGCCGCCCCAUCGUCCUCGACGACCCCGCGCCGCCCAAGCGGUGCCGCAAGUGCGAGGAGACCAUCCUGGAGGCCGUCAUCGCCUCCUCGUCGUCGUCGGCCGGCGGCAGCCGCGGCGGCGGCCGUGGGGGAUUCUUGCCGUAG